AUGACUAAGAAGAGACGAUCCGGCGGCCGCAACAAGUCCGGCCGAGGCCACGUAACCUUUGUGCGAUGCUCCAACUGCUCGCGCGCUGUCCCCAAGGACAAGGCCAUCAAGCGAUUCACUGUGCGCAACAUUGUCGAGGCCGCUGCCAUCCGUGAUCUGUCCGAGGCGUCGGUCUACCAGGAGUACGCGCUGCCCAAGCUGUACAUCAAGGUGGUCUACUGUGUCUCGUGCGCCAUCCACGCUCACAUUGUCCGUGUCCGUUCGCGCGAGGGUCGCCGCAGCCGUCUGCCCCCUCCCCGCGUCCGCUUCAACAAGGACGGCAAGAAGAUCAACCCCGCCCUCGCCCAGGCCCAGGCCCAGCGCGCCUAA